CUUGUCCUGUAGCAGCACCACAGAUAGCACCGUGCUCACACUGCUUCUGUGCUUCAGGGAGGCAAUGUGUGUUGAGCUAGUUUAGCUCAUUGACUGUAUAUGGUUUAGCCAGAGUAGCGCCAGUUAGGCCUGUCAGUGACUAAAAGAGACCAUAACAUCGUCCUGAGCUAAAACGAGCGUUUUGUUUUAGGGUCUACAUUGUUAACCUAGAACAUAGUUAGUCGUUUUGCUAAACAGCCAUCGUAUCGAGGUUGAUUUGUACAUACACAGCAAGCUAGCCACAGACAACCAGCGCAGAGGAAAUGAAGGACAAACAAAAGAGAAAGAAGGAGCGGACCUGGGCUGAGGCGGCUCGCAUGGUUUUGGAGAACUUCUCUGAUGCACCCAUGACUCCUAAACAAAUCCUCCAUGUCAUCCAGACCAAGGGGCUGAAGGAAAUGCGGAGUGGUACAGCUCCUUUGGCCUGCCUGGUCACCAUGCUGCACUCUCAGGUGAGGGGAGACAGAGUCAAGAACAGCAUCUUCUUUAAGCUACCUGGACGGAUGAGCCUGUUUACUCUAAAGAAGAACGCCCUCCAAUGGACAAAAUCAACCUCGGAAUCACAGUCACCAACGGAACUGGCUGGAAACCCCGUACCCCUAGCUUCCAGCAGCAGCACCUCUGCAGCAGGCUCAGCUGUGGCCCCAGUUGGCCCCACUGAGGCCACUGAGCAGGAGAGCUGUGACUCCACUGAGACCACUGCUGCUGCCAGCGGUGACAAUGAUGCCUCGGUGGAUGAGAGCUCGUCCAGUGCCUCCUGCUCCGCAGAGCUGCAGACUCCCAGCACCCAGCCUCAGACCCGCCUCAGCAGGGCAGCAGGACAGCAAGGACGCACAGAUACACAGCAGACCCAGCAUGCGCAGACAAGACUGAGCCGCUCAAGACAGUCAGGGAGGCAGAGGAAGAAAGCAGUCAUGAUGCCUCGUGUUGUUCUCACCCCUCUUAAAGUGAACGGAGAACAUGUCCCCUCAGGGCCCAUGAAAAGGAGUCGAGGAGGGAUGGAUGUAGACUUUGAAACACCUGGCUCCAUCCUGGUGAACACCAACAUCAGAGCCCUCAUCAACGUGCGUACCUUCUCAUCCUUUCCCACACACUCGCAGCAGCAGCUGCUGCAGCUGCUACCGGAGGUGGACAGACAGACUGGACCUGAUGGUAUGGCCAGGUUAAGUAGUUCAGCUCUUAACAACGAGUUCUUCACACAUGCCUCCCAGAGCUGGAAAGAAAGGUUGGCUGAGGGUGAGUUCACCCAUGAGAUGCAGGUGCGUUUCCGACAGGAAAUGGAAAAAGAGAAGAAAGUAGAGGCAUGGAAGGAAAAGUUUUUUGAAGAGUACCACGGGCAAAAGUCUGGCCUGACAAGGGAGGAGUCUCUGCAACUUACAGUGAGUGAAGCAAGUGAAGUGGCAGCCAGUAUGCUGGACAGCGACGUAGCUGUGGUGGCAACUGGUGCCCCCAAGAGACGUAGUGUAGGUCGGCGGAGAAGAGAUGGCCGAAUGAGGAGACGCACACGGGCUGACUUGCGUCGCAGGGCCCGCCGGACCCUCUGUACAGCCACUGCUCCAGGCCUGCAGUCUGCAGAAGCAGCUGAGGGCACUGCUGUACUGGACAUCUCAGCAGACUCUAUUGGCUCUCCCAUGUCUGACAACACAGUGGUUCAAGGAGAGGUGGUCCUACAGGCUGAGUGUGGUGUGGAGGUCCCAGCUGAGAGUGCCUCCAUGGAACUAAAGCCGUCUCCCACUUUGGAACCGGUCACAUUGCCAGCCCCCACUCUUACUCCUACUCCCAGCCCAAGCCCAAGCCCAGCAUCCACCAGCGCAAAUGAAGAGCCAGAAGUUAGAGCCAGUCUCCUCCCUGAGGAGGCUGCACCUGUUCUACCUUCAACCUCUUCUCCUUCCUCCUCUUCCCCUUCUUCUUCCUCAGCUUCCUCACCUGCCUCUUCACCUUCUGAUAGACAGGGAGCUUUUACCACAGGCCUGGACUCUUCGUCAUCUUCCUCAACAUCCUCCAGUGUCACAGUUGCUGCUGAUCCCCUGGAUGACACUGCUUCUGUGGUCACAUCCAUCACAGGGGGUACCGCCACCAGCAGCCGUGAGAGCAGUCCUUCAGGAAGCCCAGCCACCACCCCUGUCCCCAAUGUCCAGCUCAAAGAGCAGAAAAGAAGGCCAGAUGAGACUCAGGCCUUCUCCAGCUUCUCCGAAAAGAGACCACGGCUCGAUGACCGUCAGUCCUUUCGUACCACAAUUGACAGUGUCCGUUCGGAGAAGCCGCAGCCAACAACUGAAGAGCCCAAAGUGCCGCCCAUCCGGAUUCAACUGUCCAGAAUCAAACCUCCCUGGGUCAAAGGGCACCCCACCUACCAGAUCUGCCCUCGGAUUGUGCCCUCCGCCGAGGGCUUGCGGCGGUCGGGGACAGGGGGCGCACGCACCCUGGCAGACAUCAAAGCUCGCGCUCAGCAAGCCCGGGCCCAGCGCGAGGCCGCUAAUGGACGACGAUCACGAGAGCAUCCAGGACCUAUCGAGCCCGGAGGAGGAGAAACUGGAGUCAGGGGAGAUGGUGAGAUGGAAGAGCAGGGAUCGUCUUCAGGCGCUAAUUCGUUUGGAACACAAUUACUGCUGAUCAGUGUAGAUCGCACACCACAGCCCUCCCCUUCCUUGUCCACUACCUCAACCUCAAUGUCGUUGGAGCCCCCACAGACCCCAAGCCCUCCUCAAGAGGAGACAGCUGGGCGGUCAGAAGCUGGAGAAGAAACAGAAGCAACAUCAUCUAGUGUCCUAAGCUCCUCCAACGGGCUCACAGGCAUGACAGCUGCUUUGCCUUCUCCAGAGCCUGACACUGUAUCUGGGUCUUUGGUAUCCCUGCCAGCCAGGCAAAGUCACAUGAUUGAGUCUGUUGCUGCCUUGGAGAGGGCAGUCCAGAACUGUGAAAAACCCUCACUGGCCCCAACCUCAAUCCCAGAUUCCCUUCCCAGGUUUGGGGCUCAGGGUGUGGACAUUAUUCAGACAUUGGCCAGCUCCUCUCAGUCCAAAGAGCAGGAACAAGUGAAGGAGGCUGCACUGGGUGGUGUUAUCCAGCAUGGUUCCCACAAUAUGGACUACCAAGAACGACUCUCUCACUCAGCUAUAGAGAAUCAGCGAACAGAUGUAUUUUUGUCCCAUCAUGUGGAUUCUUCUGAGGUAGAGAAGGAUAACAAGGCUGGGACACCACAUAGUGACUCCACGGAAACCGCUUCGGACUGUGAGAAUGAGAGCCAGGAGGAUGAGCACCACCAGCCCGACCAGAACUGGUGCUCCGCACUGAGCACCCAGAGAAAUGGCCAACUGGUCAUCUGCAGUGCUCCUCCUCAUAACCAGCAACCAGUCAUCCAGGCUCACGUGUCCAGCCGCCAAGGUCAGACUGUCAUUCAGCCUUGCUUCCUUAAUAGCCUGCCUCUCCCUCAACAUAGCUGCCCCCAUUCACAGGACCAACAGUCUCUCCCCUCAGCCCACCCACAAGGGCUCAGGGAGACCAAUGUUGUGAUCAAAAUGGAACCUGGAGAUGAGUGUAGAGCCUUCAGACAGAGCUCUGCUGAAGAGGAGCGUCAUGGAGGCUUAAAGGCCUCUGUCACUUACCCAAUUGCCACAGCUGCCUCAAAGAGACUGGCCAGCUCAGCCAGACAAGUAUCCAGUGUGGAGGCCAACAACCCUUUGGUCACUCAGCUACUGCAGGGCAGUCUACCCCUGGAGAAAGUUCUACCCUCACACUCUGUCAACAGAUUGGAGAUCAGCCGAUUGCCAGGACCCCUACCCAGACCACUAGUGGGAAGGGCCUCAGGUCCUCGCCUCAGGCCUGAGGUCUCAGCCCAGUCUCCUAGUCCAGACCGGAGUGCAGCCUUUAAGAUCCACAAGUCUCCAACAGGCCGGCCAGUCUCGUGUUUGAUGGAGUCCCCAGCCCUAUCACUUUAUCAGUCCCAGCAGGCCCCCGGGGCUGUCCCUGUCAUCACAUCUUUGCCACUCUCCUCAUCCUCCUCCAGUCCUUUAUCCUCCAGACGUAAGUCAGACCCUAGCUGUCAGACUGUUUUGGAGUCUGCAGUUAUUAAAGAGACUCAUGGUUCUCAGCCCUCACAGGGGGAGACUCCAGAUAGGCCCCAGCCAGACCACCGUGUCAUGCAUAAUGGCCCAUCUUCACCCCAUGCAGACCCCUGUCCCACAGAGACAGUACGUACUAUUAAGAUCAAUUGGCGGCCCCCCCAGUCACAGCUCACCCACACUCACCAACAGCAGUUAUCUCCUGCACCCACCUUAAAGAAUGAAGUUGGUGCACGGCCCUCUUGCCAAGCUCUUGCCAAAUCUGUCUCCAUUAUACCCAUGAGUGUUACCAAAAAGGAGCCUGCGGAUGGCUACCUUAGUGGAGGGGCAAUGGAGGGUCUCCUCAACAUGGAGAUGACUCUAGCCAGGAUGGCAAAGAAGGAGCACAGCAAAGCUUCCUCCUCAUCUUCCCCAUCUCCUUCUGCUUCAUCUCUUCCCUUCCAGCUCUAUGGGAAGCUCCCUAAGCAGGGUGGUGGUGUUGGAGCAGUAAGCUAUAUGGCUAAUGUGUCAGUUAUGGACAAUGGUGGUGUCUCCCGGACCAUGGCAGAUGGUGUGCUCCAGCUGCGCCCCCACAUGGUCUCCAGUCAGACAACCCUCAGCAUUCAGGCCUUUACUAACAGCAUGACCGAGGAGGUGGCACUCAAGUGUUCAUGCCGCCUCAAAGCUAUGAUCAUGUGCCAAGGCUGUGGUGCUUUCUGCCAUGAUGAUUGCAUCGGGCCUUCCAAACUCUGUGUGUCUUGUCUGGUGGUCAGGUAGCACGUAGAAACCCCUGUGCACUGUAGAGUUGCUGUCUGUACAGUGUAAGCAGUGGGACCACAGUGUUCCAGAGUGUACAGAAGCCAGGUUAAGGAUAGAGCGUCCACUGCUGAGGAGCCUGACAGGCAAGAUUUGUUUUGUAUAAUAUAAUUCAUCUGUAUUUUUUUGUUGUUGGCAGUUUUUCAGAUUGUUUUUAGUUGUACUUAAUAAUAAUAAUUAUUACUAUUAUAAUUAUUAUUAUUGUUGUGAAUUUGGGGCACGGUUGAUUAUAAAUUGUGCCUUUUUUGUUUAAUCUGCUCAGAAACAUUUACCUCAUCUUAUCUUGCUUCACCUGUCAUCAUUUGAUGGCCAUAAUUGCUUUGGUUCCUUGUUUUCUCAGCUAAGAGGGACCUAAGCCUAAUUUCCACUAAAGGAACUUUCCCUGGGGUACAGGAAUGUUUUGCAGAAAGUACUUCCUCUAUGUGCAUUUCCACCAGAGGAACCAGGAUCUAAAUUUAGUUCUGAGGUGUAGUUCUACCCUGCCAGAAAAGUCCCUAGUCAAGUGGUAGUAUUUUCUGAGGGUCCAAAAACUUUUGGGGUGAAAACUGCAGUACUGAAUGCCGCUGGUCAAAUACUUCACAGCAUUUUGCACACACCAUUCUUAACACCUAGUUGCUGACUCUGUGCUUUUAUCUCAGUGGGCUAAUUUUAUUUAAUCCUUCCAGAGCCUCAGCCCUGCUGUGGAAAUCCACAUUACAAAGUGCUUGAGAGACUUUUACCCCAGGGAAUGUUCUUGGACGUUGGUUCCUGGGGAUAAAAAAAAUACCAGGAACUAUUUGGUGGAAACACACUUCUACUGUUGUCUCUUUGUGCAAAGAAGUAUUUUUUUAACCAUUAAAAAUGAGUAAAUGA